AUGUACAGAGCCCUCCACACGCCCAAGUACAUGAUCGUGUUCAACCUGGCGCUCACAGACCUCUGCGGCAGCACCUCUCUCAUCCCCAAACUCCUGGACACUUUGUUGUUUGAGAACAGAUACAUUUCCUAUGAGUUGUGUCUGAGUUACAUGUUUUUUGUGAUGUUUUUUAGCAGCUUGCAGUCCUGGACACUUGCUACCAUGGCGUGUGACAGGUUUGUAGCCAUCUGCUUCCCUCUGCACUACCACAGAGUCAUCACCAAGUCCUCUGUGUUCUGGUUACUGCUGUUUGUUUGGCUCCUCUGUCUGUGCAUCAUGGGAACUAUUGUUGUUCUCGUGGACCGUCUGUCGUUCUGUCAAUCUGUAGUUGUCCAAAGUUUCUUCUGUGACCAUGAGACCAUGUACCGCAUCGCCUGCAACAGUGCUUCAGUGAACGCACAGUUUGUCCUGUUUGGGGGCGUGGUCGUCAUUAUCAUUCCCCUCACUGUGAUCUUGUGCAGUUACAUGAGUAUAGCUGUUGUUCUGAAGAGGGCUUCUCUCGCAGACAGCCUCAAAGCUCUGCGGACCUGCUCGGCUCACCUGAUACUGGUGGCCAUAUUCUUCAUCCCUCUGAUCGGGGCCAGAACUGCUGCUACUCUCCCCAACUCCAACCCAAAUAUUCGCAUGAUAAAUUUUAUGUUGACGUACACAAUACCAUCACUACUGAACCCUUUUGUCUACUCUUUAAAGACAGAGGAAAUGCUGACCCUCAUCAAGAAUUUGUAUGUCAAAUGUUAA